AUGAACGCCCUCAAGCUUCAGAAGCGUUUCCCGCAGCUUGAGCAAGGCGAGAUCUUUUCGCUUCAGGAUGCCUUCAACAGACUAGACGUCGAAGAUCGAGGCUACCUUGAUGAAUCUACCGCGAUCAAAGCUGCUCAACAAUCCGAACGCCAGCCGUAUGAUGUGGUUCGCGCAGCCUUGAAGGAUGUGGAAUUGGAUAGCUCUCGGCGUGUGGAAUUGGAAGAUUAUGUUGAUCUCGUUUCGAAGCUUCGGACGGCGCCUAGCGGAAGCGCCCCGGCCUCGACUCCCGCCGCCGUAAUUCAAGGCGCCGGUGCCGGAACCGGCGCUUCCCGUCAUGUCUCCAAGGGCAGUGUCGGCGGGCGCAUCCAUGUUCAGGGAUCCUCCUCCAAUGUCACACAUACCAUUAACGAAGAUGAGCGCACCGAGUUUACUCGUCACAUCAAUGCCGUGCUGGCAGGCGAUGCAGAUGUUGGAGACCUCCUGCCAUUUCCCACCGAUACAUUCGAGAUGUUCGACAAGUGCAAGGACGGUCUGGUUCUUGCUAAGCUGAUCAAUGACAGCGUGCCGGACACUAUUGAUGAGCGUGUGUUGAACAAGGCUGGGAAAAAGAUCAAGCAGCUCAAUGCUUUCCACAUGACCGAAAACAACAAUAUUGUUAUCAACUCUGCCAAGGGUAUCGGGUGCUCAGUCGUCAACAUUGGAAGUGGAGAUAUCAUUGAAGUGCGCGAGCAUCUUAUCUUGGGUCUUAUCUGGCAAAUUAUCCGCCGCGGUCUUCUCGGAAAGAUCGAUAUUAAGCUUCACCCAGAGCUUUACAGACUGCUGGACGAGGACGAGACACUCGAGCAGUUCCUGCGCCUGCCUCCAGAGCAAAUUCUUCUUCGCUGGUUCAACUACCAUCUGAAGAACGCCAAAUGGGACCGACGGGUGACAAACUUCUCGACCGAUGUCAAGGAUGGUGAGAACUACACAGUUCUUCUCAACCAAUUGGCACCUGAUCUCUGCUCCCGUGGUCCUCUCCAAACUCGGGACUUACUUGAGCGGGCUGAGCAAGUUCUCCAAAAUGCAGAUUCGCUUGAUUGUCGCAAGUUCCUGACCCCUACCUCAUUGGUUGCUGGAAAUCCCAAGCUGAACCUUGCGUUUGUGGCCAAUCUGUUCAACACACACCCAGGACUUGACCCGAUCACCGAAGAAGAGAAGCUUGAAGUUGAGGACUUUGAUGCCGAAGGUGAGCGAGAGGCCAGAGUCUUCACUCUGUGGCUGAACUCCUUGGAUGUGCAGCCAGCGGUCAACUCGCUCUUUGACGACCUCCGUGAUGGCCAUGUUUUGCUGCAGGCUUACGACAAAGUUAUUCCCGGAAGCGUCAAUUGGAAACACGUCAACAAGCCCCCGGCCUCUGGUGGCGAAUUGAUGCGGUUCAAGGCUGUGGAAAACACUAACUAUUCGAUCGAGCUUGGAAAAUUCAACGGCUUCUCUCUUGUCGGCGUUCAGGGGGCUGAUAUCACCGAUGGACAGCGCACUCUUACGCUCGGACUGGUGUGGCAGCUGAUGCGCCGUGAUAUCACCAACACCCUCUCCGCGCUAGCCCAGCGGCUGGGCAAGCGCGAGAUUACUGACACCGAAAUGAUCAGAUGGGCCAAUGACAUGUCUAGCAGUGGCGGGAAAUCUUCCACGAUACGCAGCUUCAAGGACAAGUCCAUCGGAACUGGAGUUUUCCUUUUGGAUGUGCUGAAUGGCAUGAAGAGCAGCUACGUGGAUUACGAUUUGGUCACACCUGGUCGGACCGACGAAGAGGCAUAUGCGAACGCCAAGCUCUCUAUCAGUAUCGCCAGAAAGAUGGGUGCCACCAUCUGGUUGGUCCCAGAGGAUAUCUGCCAGGUCCGGUCUCGUUUGGUCACCACAUUCAUUGGCUCUCUGAUGGCUACCCACGAGAAGAUGUGA